UGUUACAUAUAUUCGCACAGUCGGCAGUCGCAGAGGUACGACCGUACGAGCUGGGAAAACACUACCAGUGAAAGUUCUCCGUCACCGUCAUAAUGAGCUCCCUUGUGAAGAAUAUUUCUCGUUUGAGCAACGUAGGCCGGCUCUACGCACAAAGAGCAGUUGGCACUAGAGCCGUUGGAACAACAGGAAGGUGUGAUGGAGAACCUUCAGCUGAUGCAGAAGAGACCAUGGUCUCUUAUCGACCAACAACAGCUCAAGCACCAACCAUGAUGGAUAUUGGUACUCGAGCAAUUUUUAACGAAGACCACGAUAUACUCAGAACCUCCGUCCGAAAGUUCUUCAAUGAAGAAGUUUUGCCUUACCAUUCCCAAUGGGAAAAAGAUGGCCAAAUAAGUCGAGAGUGUUGGCUAAAAGCAGGUGAACAAGGCCUUCUUGGAACAGAUACUCCGGCAGAAGUAGGAGGCAUUGGUGGAGACUUUAAGGAUGCUGCAAUCAUUAUGGAGGAACAGUCAUACGUUAAUUGCUCUGGUCCAGGAUUCGCUCUUCAUUCUCAAAUUGUCAUGCCUUACAUAACCCAUUAUGGCACACAAGAGCAGAUUGAAAGACUAAUUCCUGACAUGGUGGCUGGUCGCAAGAUUGGUGCCAUUGCUAUGACUGAACCAGGUGCUGGGAGUGACUUACAGGGUAUAAGAACAAAUGCUCAAAAGGAUGGGGAUGAUUGGAUUCUGAACGGUUCUAAGACUUUUAUUACUAAUGGUUACAUGAGUGAUGUUGUUAUUGUUGUUGCUGUCACCAAUCCUAGUGCAAAGACAGCAGCUCAUGGAAUAUCCCUUUUCCUUGUGGAAGAAGGAAUGCCUGGAUUCAGAAAAGGGAAAAAACUGGAAAAAAUGGGCAUGAAAGCACAGGAUACUGCUGAACUCUUCUUUGAUGAUGUACGACUUCCCUCUUCAGCUUUGCUAGGAAAGGAGAGCCAUGGGUUUUACUAUCUGAUGAAUGAAUUGCCUCAGGAACGACUUCUCAUUGGCAUUAUGUCAUGUGCCAACUGUGAAUGGCAGUUUGAGGAAACUCGUGCUUAUCUCCGUGGGAGGAAAGCUUUUGGGAAGACACUGUCAAAUCUUCAGACUAUUCAGCACAAGCUUGCCGAAUUAAAGACCGAGGUCUGCGUUGGACGUGCGUUUACUGACCAGUGCAUUGAUUUGCAUACAAAUGGAAAGCUUGAUGGUGGCAUGGCAUCCAUGAACAAAUAUUGGAUGUCUGAUCUUCAAAACCGUAUUGGUUAUCAGUGUGUUCAACUCCAUGGAGGCUGGGGCUACAUGUGGGAGUACCCAAUUUGUAAGUCUUAUGUAGAUGCUAAGGUCCAGACCAUUUAUGGUGGCUCCAAUGAAAUUAUGAAGGAACUCAUAUCCCGCCAGAUUGUUGCUGACAAAAGAGUUUAAGUAUAAUUUGUAAUCUGUGUGAACUGAAAUUUAUUUUAAUCCACCAGUUUGUGAAAAAUUUUAAGUUUUUAUGGAAAAGAUAAAUGUAUUGUGAAUCAUUUCAUUUUUUUUAAUAGGGUCUGUCCAUAUUUUUUGUGGGACAUGUUCACAGCAACAAAUUAGUGCAGUAAGUCACUCGCCAGAUCAUCUUGUUAAAAUCUGUAAAUGAUUGUAAAUUCUGUAACAUUUGUGCAAUAAUUUUGUCACUCAUAAAUUAUUAACUAUAAUGGUUGAGGGUGUAUACCAAAUCAUAUUUUAAAACUAUUACUGUAUGCAUAUUAUGUUCAGGUUUUUUAAAUUAGGUUCAGUGUUUAACUUAAUAGAACAACGCAAUGCAAUUAAUUUUUAAGUUUAUCUGAUUAUUGUAUAUAUACAUAAUAAAUAUAUAUUUACUUAAAUA